UGAGCAUGCGCGGCUGGAGAACGUCAACCCCCGUGGCUUUAUGAAACGCGAAAUCCCUCCAUGGGCAGCGCGUCUGGCAGCUGUCUCAAAGCGCGUUUAUCGAGGGCAAGAAGCUCGUCUCGGAGGAAACCGGGUCUGAAGACGGUCUCACCUGUCCCCCACCGCUGUCCGCCGUUUAUGUGAGCGACCCUCCGCCUUCAACCGCUUCUGUGUUCGGCUCCCGCUUCAACAACACACAGCACGGGGACGAGCCAGCGGUCGUAACGUUAGCCGAGAAGGGAAGUGGACUCCGUCUUCUCUUUCAUCAGGCAAAUGCUCCCAGCCGCCCAGCUUGACAGGAGUGAUGGGAUGUGUCAACUAGCAGGUGAGGCAGUCCUGGACAAUGUAAUCGGACUGACGGAUUCAUCUGCAGUGUUCACACCGGAGCAAGAUAAAGGAGGGACUGAGAUAGACGAGGAGGACAUCACAGACACAAGGAUGGGUGUGGGGAAGAAUACCACCUCGAAGUCAAUGGACACCACCAGUGAGGGUGGAAAAUAUGAAGAGGAGAGCAAACAUGGUGCAGAUUUCUACCCUAUUCCGGUGGUUGUAAAUGGAGUUGGCAGCGCCAGUGGAGACCAAGACACUGAGAACACAGAGCUGAUGGCAAUCUACACUAAGGACAACCAAGUAGCAGAAAAGAGCUCAAUGUCUGAGACGCUGGACAGCACAGACAGUGUGGACGCAAGGAGGAAUGAUAUGAUCUACACCAUCGAAGACACCCCACCCUGGUACCUGUGUGUGUUCUUAGGCUUACAGCACUACCUGACAUGUUUCAGUGGAACUAUCGCCGUGCCGUUCCUUCUCGCUGAGGCGAUGUGCGUCGGCUUCGAUCAGUGGGCCACCAGUCAGCUGAUAGGGACCAUCUUCUUCUGUGUGGGGAUCACCACCCUGCUACAAACCACACUGGGCUGCAGGUUGCCUCUUUUCCAGGCCAGCGCUUUCGCAUUCCUCGCACCAGCCAGAGCAAUCUUGUCACUCGAGAAAUGGAGCUGCAACAACACAGUGGUUCCAGCACUGAACAGCACAGAGCUCUUCCACACAGAGCACAUCUGGCACCCCAGGAUACGAGAGAUCCAAGGGGCGAUCAUCGUGUCGUCCCUGGUUGAAGUGUGCAUCGGAGCGCUGGGUCUGCCCGGGAUCCUGCUGAAGUACAUCGGACCUCUGACCAUCACCCCAACCGUGACCCUCAUCGGCCUGUCUGGUUUCCAAGCUGCAGGGGAGAGGGCCGGGAAACACUGGGGCAUUGCUAUGCUGACUAUCUUCUUGGUGCUGCUCUUCUCUCAAUAUGCCCGAAACGUUCACUUCCCUCUGCCAAUCUACAAAGCCAAGAAAGGUUGGACCUCUUACAGGCUGCAGGUCUUUAAAAUGUUUCCUAUCAUAAUGGCCAUCCUGGUGUCAUGGCUGCUGUGUUUCAUUUUUACUGUGACUGACGUUUUCCCGCCGGAGAAGGACAAGUACGGUUUCUACGCUCGGACAGAUGCACGUCAAGGAAUCCUGGCAGCUGCGCCAUGGUUCAAAAUCCCCUAUCCAUUUCAGUGGGGAACUCCAUCUGUGACAGCAGCUGGUGUCAUCGGCAUGAUGAGCGCUGUGGUGGCCAGCAUCAUCGAGUCCAUCGGAGACUACUACGCCUGCGCUCGCCUUUCCUGUGCUCCCCCACCUCCCAUCCAUGCAAUCAAUCGGGGGAUAUUUAUCGAGGGUCUUUCCUGUGUGCUUGACGGUCUUUUUGGGACAGGAAAUGGCUCCACGUCGUCCAGUCCAAACAUAGGCGUCCUGGGCAUCACUAAGGUGGGAAGCAGACGUGUGAUCCAGUAUGGAGCUGCCAUGAUGCUGCUGCUGGGGCUUGUGGGUAAAUUCAGCGCCCUGUUUGCCUCCCUGCCUGACCCUGUCCUGGGAGCUCUGUUCUGCACCUUGUUCGGGAUGAUUACAGCAGUGGGACUGUCCAACCUGCAGUUUGUUGACCUCAACUCCUCCAGGAACCUCUUUGUCUUGGGCUUCUCCAUCUUCUUUGGUCUGAUGCUGCCAAGCUACCUCAAACAAAACCCACUGGUCACCGGCAUAGUUGAAAUUGACCAAGUGCUGAACGUGCUCCUCACCACUGCCAUGUUUGUCGGAGGGUCUGUCGCCUUUAUUUUGGACAAUACUAUCCCUGGUUCCCCUGAAGAACGAGGCAUCAGGAAGCUGAAGCGCGGUUCUGGUCUCAGUGCAGCAGAACUGGAAGGGAUGAGAUCUUAUGAUCUGCCGUUUGGAAUGGACUUCAUCCGCAGAUACCCAAUCUUCAAGUACAUCCCCAUCAGCCCUGCGUUCACAGGCUACCAGUGGGGGAGGCUAAAGGAGUGCGGCAGGAGCAGAAUGGGACACGGGGAUGUGGUGAAGGGAGGAGGAAUGGGAGGGGAGGGAGGCACGGCGCCAGGGGAGAGUCGGGUAUAGCCAACGGGCUGGAGAAAUCCUAAAUGUUGCUGAAUUUGGGGAGCAAGGGAUGGUACACUAAGAUAAAAUGAUGGGAGAGUGGAGGACCGAAGCGGCACAGGAUUGUGUGGAAGAAAAUGUGAUGCACCAACCCCCCGUCAGUAUGUCUUUUCUUUAGCUUGUGUCAGUCUUUUCCCACUUCCCACUAUGCUAUUUUCAGCAUGCUAUAGCAAGUCAAAGCAUGCUACAAAAGAUGUCACCGUGCUGAGGCUGCUCGGUGUGCGUGCAUGUGUGUGCCGUAUGCAGUACCAGAUAACGGGUUCGUGCAUUGAUUUACCUGCACUUCAAUCCAGAGGGAGACAGAUGAGCAUCAGACGGUCGAAGCUGAUCGUCUGAUGAGUCGCUGACUCGUAAUCGCUGCUAAUUUCUACUGCCCGAGUCAUUUUUAUAAAACAUAUUCUACUAAAAGCACAGUAGAAUGGAUUAUGUCAAUUGAGGAUCUCGUCAUGAGUCGUUGGCCUCUAGACUUGUUAUGCAACCACAUUAGAGAAACGCGCAGACACACACACCGACAGCCUCACCAGCUUGAGCUCUGCAAUGCACGACAGGGGUCAUGUAGAUUGAUGGAAGUAGUUUGUUAGGUGCCCUAAGCCACGCAAAGUGAUUGUGAGAUUUAUUUUUGCACUAUCUGCCUCUUGAAUUCCAAACUAGAAUGUCACUUCACAGCCCGCUCCCCCAUUUCUUCAGUGAAAGCUCCGCAGAGACCCACUUAGCAGCACAUCACGUUUCAUGUUAGACAACCUCACAUCUCUCUUUGUUUUCACAUAGGAGAGCGCUAAUAUUCACCACAGCUCCCAUGUGAUUGGGCAAAAUAAAGUCACUAAUACGUCAGUUUACAUCUUAGUAUUAAGCAUCGGUUACUAACUAGACCAAAACUCUACCUUUCCUGAACACACCCUUGUCUCAUUCAGAUAUCGAAUGGGGCUUGUUUUACUUCACUUUGGAGCUAAAUUUAUUAUUUUAAGAGUUUUAUGUUUAUUCAGCAGCCUUUAUUUGCUUUACAUGUUGGCACUUACAUAAUGACACAAGCUUUGAAUAAUGCACGUGCUGCUGUGUCGACAGCAGUGCAUUUGCAAAAGCUACAGUAACGCACAAAGCAUGACGGACACGUGGCCUUUGUCAGGGAGACUUUGUGUACAUAAAUACCGGGCUUAAAACCGAUGCAUGACGACAGGAGAAUUAAAUGUUCUUUAUCCAGUGACAGCAGAGAUCUGUGGUCCUCUCUCAGUUUAGAGGGGUCACUUGUGCUCUGUUUUUAGCAGUAAUGUGAGUUAAAGUAGGAUUUACAAAGACAGCACCAUAAAUAAUGCACACCCAUCCAAACCCUUUUUUCUGUCAGUGCGGCAGCAUAAUUUCAACAAGUAAGGAGGGUUUUUUUUUUUUGGAGUGUUUAAAUGUAAUACAAGGGUUUCCUUUGUUUUGUUCUGUGCACUGACUCACAAUAACGUGUUUUUGCAUCAGCCGAUCAUGUCCGCUGCCGACAGUUGUCACAUGUUUGAUGGUGUUGAUGACUUCCCCUCACAUUCCUCCUCCCAUCCUCAGUCAUCUCCUCUCACUCUCAUCCUCUGCGAUUCGUUUACUGGAGGCAUUUGUUACUGCUCACGUCUGUUGUAUUUCAAGCUGUGGCAGCUCGUUUGGCGGAGUGACGCACAGCUUCAGAGCAUCGGCAGCCUAAAACCCUGAAGAGUGAAUCUUUUAUUUGACCACACUGUGUGCCUCUGCUGCUUUAAUUGAAAAGCAGCAGUUUAUAAAUUACCUUAGAAGAGUUUGCAACAAUAUAAUCGAGGAAAAUUGUAGAAACAAAGAGCCGCACAACUGCUAAAUAUUUAGCCCAGCUGAGACUUUUACUAAACCAAAAUGCGAAAAGCUCUUUUUUUUUUUUUUCCUUUUUCUUCUGACUUUUCUGUGUUAUCGUAUACCAAAACUUUUCUUUUCUUUUGUUGCUACUGAGAAACUUUAGUUUGGAAAUUAGUCUCAUCCCAAAUUUCUCCCUCUUUUUAUCUCUUUUAUUGAAGCUAUUUAUUUAUUUAUGAGAAGAAAGUUGUUUAAUGAUUGCUUGAAGCAGGUUUCUGUGUCUCUUGCACAAUGUUGAAAGUAUAUUUAUUAGUUUACUCAUUUAUGCCCUGUUUAGACAAGCCUGGCAGUUAUUGAACCGCUGCUCCUGCAUUCGGCCUCAGCUGCAGUUGGUGCUUUUAGAAACUUACCUGGAGACGACAGCUUUUAAAGGUAGUUACUAUUGUAAGAUGUAAGCUGCUUCAAUUUCAUUCCAUUAAUACCGUGUUGUUUUUAAAAGCAAGAGAAAAAACACUUACAGAUGUUGAACUGGAUCGUUUAGUCAAAUCUCCAUUUCAGGGCCUUUUUACUACAAGUACUGUUUGCACAUGUAAAGGUGCCAAGAAGAUCAGGGUCUGAGUGAGUAACGCUCACUAACCUGGAACCCUAAAAUGUCACUAUUGUGCUUUUCCAGUUUUAUAGUCGAGUAAGAACAUUGGUUUUUUUUUUUGUUUGUUUAAUGGACAUGAAGACAAGUGGCUGAACUGCUUUGUGGCUGAAUAUUUUUGACCAUUAGUAUCUGAGAGUAUGUCAAGCUUUAGCUGCUUUAUGGCUUCACCACUGAGACUCUUAUGAUUUGGUCACAUUUGACUUUUUCUCACCUUUUAUCCAGCAGCAAAUUGCAUCUUUAAAAGUAUUUUUUCUAUAUAUGUAAUAUUACAGAUGUUUGCUCAGGACAAAACCAAGGUUCAAAUCCAAUAUUUCCACAGACUCUGGUGUAGGACUGAGUAAUUAAUCGUAUAUCACAGGUUGAAACAAUGCAAAUGAGUUUGUGUUAAUGCAGAGUGUGUAAACCAACAUUUACAAUCUUGUCAAUGAUUUUACAGAUUCAUGGCGUCCUCCUUGAGUUACCACUAGCUUUUGACGGUAGCUCAUGUUAAUGUUAAUUUCAUGUCUAUUACCGAGUUUAUAUUGAAGUGAAGCUUCAGUUUUAAAUGAUGUAUUGAAAAUGUAAUUGCAGUCACAAUAUCUGUCAGAAAAAAUACAAUUAGAUGUUUUUCAAAGUGAUUUAGCCCAUACUGUUAUGAUUUUAGCGAAGCCUGUAGUAAUAUGCUGACAGAGGCCAGCAUUAACCCUCCUGUUGUCCUCAUUUACAGGCACCAAAAAAUAUUGUUUCCCUGUCUGAAAAACUUUCCAAAAUUCAGCAAAAAAAAUCCCCAAAUUUCUGAAAAUUUGCAAAACCUUCAUGAAGAAAGUUCCAAAAAUUCUUUAAAAGUUUCCCUUAAAAGUUUUAUUUAAAAAAAUACCCCAAAUUUGGCAAGAAAAUUCUUGUAAAUAUUUUCAAAAAAAUAGUAAAAAUCUUCCAAAAAAAUCCUAUAAAUAUCUAAAGUGAUAACCUAUAUAUAUCUGUAAAACUUCAAAUAUUUUCUUUAAGAACGGUCACAAAAACUAUCAACCUUUUGAUUUUUUUUUUGUGAAUGUUCUUAAACAUUCUUAACAUUUCUUUUUUCCACCAAAUAUUCAAAGAUUUCCCAAAAAUGUUGAAAAUGUGAACAUCAGAAGUUUCACUGUGAUUUUUUUUUUUUUCCCCCCCACAUUUUCAAACUAUAAAAUGAGUCAAUUUUGACCCGCAGGGCAACACGAGGGUUAAACCAAAAUGUGUGUCCUGAAUAGGAGUUUCAGUGAGAUGUUAAAUCUGCUUUGAUCAUAUUUACCACUAAUGUUACCAAAAUAGUCCUAAAAUUUUCUUUCUUGUCAUGUAGAGUCACAGAUUUUGUAUUUUUAUUAUGCCUUUAUUAGAUCGUGUGGAAAGGAGCUCAUGCCAGAUGUCAGUUAAUGCCAGAAUUUUUACUUACAUCUAUCAUAACACAAUAUGCAAUUUAGUAAAAUACAACCAUUUGCAUUGGUUCUAGAGUUGAAAUUCCUAAUUAGGUCACACAAUGCAGUAUUUAUGUGGAAAUGUUGGAUGUAAAUGUUGGUCCCACCACAUUAAAUGAUCAUCCUGGGUAGAUGGUGAGAAACAUACGGAGUGCUAGAGUCACAAAAGAAGCUAUUUAGAGACCUAAAUAAAAAACUAUAAAUCUAAAAUCUCACCAUCAAAACGUUGGCUGUGCUCAGGAUCUGGAUAGCUGUAAAUACAGAGCAGUGUUGGUAUAAAUCAGCAGCGUUGUUGUCGCUACGCCGGCUGAUGUUUUGACUCUCCUGCCUUCACUGCGACCUUGCUCCAGGACCCGGCGACGAGUGAGUAGACGUUAGACAGCAGCCGCCACCUCUUAUAUCUUCCCUGCCAGAGAAACCGAGGCGGGUUAGUCCUAAUGGAUUCUUCAAUACAUGCACACAUGAUGAUCACAUGCAACAACUUGUUUUCUGUGUCAUAUCACGUUCAUCCAACCAGCACUUACUUCUCCCGUCUCACAGUCUCUCCUCUCUCCACACAAAAUUUCUAUCCCCCCACCCGCAGUGAAAAUAUAUUGGUGUCCUCUCAUGUUUAGUGUACCUGGUUUUCUCCCCGGGAAUUCUUACUGUUGAUGAGACACCGGCUGGCCGCCUCAUUAAGAGCCUUGUUGGGGUUUUGGCAGCUGAGUGAACCUGCCUCAUCACUUCACCUCAAGACGAACAUCAGAUAUCUCUGUGCCUAAAGGCAGCUUCUACUUGAUUUUAACUUUUACCCUCCAGUUUUUAUCGUAUUUUCUUAUUUCAGCGUUCUAUACACAUUGUAGUUGUUACAAAAUCAGUUACAGUUUCAACAGUUGGGUUUUUUUGGCUUCACGUCUGUUUCACCAACAGAUAGCUCUUAAGAAGGCGGCCUUAAGGUGUGUAACGCAAAGACAUCAAUCCCUUUCAGUUAUUUUGAAGGGGGCGCUACCUGAAGAAUAUACUUCUCUGUAUUAAGUGUUUUAUCUUUUUCAAUGUUUUUGUUUUUUAUACAUUGUUUUUAUGUUUUUGCAAGCAGAUAUUUGUAAGAAACAAAAUCAUACCUUUUAAUCUUAAAUCAUGCUGGAAAGCGCACCAUCUUGUACUUUUUAUUUAAAAAGUAAAUACAUUUUGAUCCUAUUUUGAAUCUGUGGUUUGGUGGAAUCCUUUUGUUGGUUAGGACCUUUUUUGCAUAUUGUAUUUUUUUACUCUAACGUUGCUUUCUGUCCAUGUUAACACAUUAUUAGUACAAAUCAAAGAACAAGCGGAAAAACUUUAAACAGAUGUAAAAAAAAAGUGUAUAUUUAAUGGAGUACAGUUUGCUAAACAUUCUGGAAGAUAAAUUGUGUAAACUAAUUGUAGCAACAAAAUGUUUUAUUCUCUGUUCCUAAAACUAUUUAAUAAGAUGUUACAGAAUUCA